AUGCGUGAAGCGGAGAUUUCGAUCUGCUACUGACUAGCUCACCUGGCAGGUUUCAAUUGCGAUUGCCAUUGCAACAGCAAAACAUGUUGCAGCAGGUUCGAGGAAGCUGGCAUAAAACUGUUGUGUCCGUUGGCCGAACUUUCAGUUUCGUUGGGGCCACGCUGGUGGUUAAUACCGUUGCAGAGAGUUUUCACCAGAAGUAAUCCCCCAAAAAAAAGCCGCCAAACAAUAUGAAAGUGUGCUGGAAUUUCUUGGCUGCGGCGGUGCUGCUAGUGACGGCCACUUCGGGGCUGAGACCCCCGAGAUCCUACUAUCGGAGGAGCUACUUCAGCGCAGUGGGCUCGGGAUCUGGCCACGGACCGGGCUCUCUGCCAGGACCCGUGAGAAUAGGACCUGCUGGUUACCUCCGCGCGGAUCUGCAAACAAACGAGAGCAAGCACCGGCCACUGAGCAAAAAGUAUCCCAAGAAGACCCACUACAGACCCUACGGAUCGCAAGAGGAAGAGGACUACUCUGGCGAACAACGCUACAACUCCGCCGAGUAUUCAGGAGAGUCCUCCGUGCAGGACAGCCGGGAGUACACGAUUGGCACCCAAAUCCGCGUCCAGCAUCCCAUAACAGUGCCCAAGAAGUCCACUUCCGGCUACCAGAAGCAGCCAAAAUACGUAACUGCCAUUCCAUACAAGGCAUCUGGUUAUGGAUCCGACAUUCACAAGCCCUCCGGUUACGGAUCCGAUGUUCACAUUGGAUCUGGAGAGGAUGUAGGACCUCCUCCUAAGCGAUCGAAGUGGACUCCAGUGCAAUACGAUUCGGAAGCCGAUCCCUUCCAUCUAGUGCCACCUCCGAAGGCAACCGUCGCCUCCAGCAGCAAUUCAUAUAGUGUCUAUGAGCCCGAGCACGAUGACUACGAGGUGGUCCCAGUGCCCCGACCAAAAAGCCACGAUCGCUACAAGAGCGUGGCCUCCAAGAAACAAAUCGAGGCCUACCUGGAGGAUCAGCAGAAGCUGCUCGACGAGGCCAUCAAAAAUCAGCUUCUCAACAAUCCCAAGCUGCAAAAGUUCUUCAAGGCCCAGGCGCAGGAACAGGAGCGCGAAUCCCGGCCAGACCUCGAGAUCGAGGAUUUCGAGGCCUAUCCGCCCAACUUUUCGGGCCCGGGACACCUGCGAAACAAGUACAUCGAUCACCCACCAUCUUCUCCGCCAAAGGGAUCUCGAUCCCGCCGGCGUCCUCCAGGCGGAGAUCUUAACCGGCCACCCAAGACCAUCAUCAAGCCCAAAAGGAAAUACCGAUCCACAGCACUGGUCAUCAAUGUGUGAGAGGGAUCACUGAGUCCUGAGUUAAUCGUUAAUUUAAAUAUCGUUUAUAAAUACUUAGAGUAGCCUUGUUGUACAGCGUAUUUUUAAGUAAUAAAAGACCAUUUACUUUAAAUUCCA